AUGGCAGGGGCCCUGCUUGGUGCCCUGUUCCUUUUGGGGCUCCUAGGCAGAGGUGAGGAGAAGAAUGAGGAGGUACGUCUCUAUCACCAUCUCUUCAAGAACUAUGACCCCCAAGCCCGACCAGUGAGGAGGCCGGAGGACACAGUCACCAUCUCCAUCAAGGUCACCCUGACCAACCUCAUCUCCCUGAACGAGAAAGAGGAGACUCUCACGUCCAGCGUCUGGAUUGUAAUCAACUGGCAGGACUACCGGCUCAACUACAGCAAGGAGGACUUUGGGGGCAUACAAACCCUGCGUGUCCCCUCGGAAUUCGUGUGGCUGCCAGAUAUUGUGCUGGAAAACAAUAUUGACGGCCAGUUUGGCGUGGCCUACCACGCGAACGUACUGAUCGAUGAGGGUGGUCAAGUGAGGUGGUUGCCGCCGGCCAUCUACCGCAGCGCCUGCGCCGUGGAGGUCACCUACUUCCCCUUCGACUGGCAGAAUUGCUCCCUCAUUUUCCGUUCUCAGACGUACAGUGCCCAAGAGGUGGCGUUCAUCUUUGCGCUCGAUGAUGCUGGCGAGGCCAUCAACAAGUUCGAAAUUGACACUGAGGAUUAUACUGAGAAUGGCGAGUGGGCGAUCGACUACUGCCCAGGGGUGAUCCGCGGCCAGGAUGGAAGCGCAGCUGACGCCCAGAGAGCUGCCGACGUCAUCUACACGCUCAUCAUUCGCCGGAAGCCGCUCUUCUACGUCAUUAACAUCAUUGUGCCCUGCGUGCUCAUCUCAGGCCUAGUCCUGCUCGCCUACUUCCUGCCCGCGCAGGCCGGCGGCCAGAAAUGCACCGUCUCUAUCAACGUCCUGCUGGCCCAGACGGUUUUCCUGUUCCUGAUUGCCCAGAAAAUCCCAGAGACCUCUCUGAGCGUGCCACUGCUGGGCAGGUACCUAAUGUUUGUCAUGGUGGUCGCCACACUCAUUGUCAUGAAUUGCGUCAUCGUACUCAACGUGUCCUUGAGGACGCCCACCACGCACACCAUGUCCCCGCGGCUGCGCCACGUUUUACUGGAACUGCUCCCCCGCCUCCUGGGCUCCGGGGCGCCCCCCGAAGCUCCCCAGGCUGCCUCACCCCCGAGGCGGGCAUCCUCUGUGGGCAUACUGCUCCGAGCCGAGGAGCUGAUUCUCAAAAAGCCUCGGAGCGAACUGGUGUUUGAAGGGCAGCGGCACCGCCACGGGGCCCGGACCGCUGCGCUUUGCCAAAACCUGGGCGCAGCUGCUCCUGAGGUGCGCUGCUGUGUGGAUGCUGUGAACUUCAUGGCUGAGAGCACAAGAGACCAGGAGGCCAGUGGCGAGGAGGUGUCCACCUGGGUGCGCAUGGGAAAGGCCCUCGACUAUAUCUGCUUCUGGGCUGCACUGGUACUCUUCAGCCUGGGCUCCGGCCUCAUCUUCCUCGGGGGCUUCCUCAACCAUGUGCCCGCCCUGCCUUUUCCCCCGUGCCUGCAGGCCUGAGCCCGCCCUGCCUGCCACCAAGAGAAGCUGGUUUUGGACAAGUUAAAUUGUUGUUUGUAAAAGACCACCGCCACUGCGGAGAAUAAAAUAAACCCGCAUCUGAAUUC